GUAGCAAAGCAGUUGUAACCGCGGAGUUAUAGUUACUGUAAGCGGAGCUUGGGCAGGUGUUCUCUUGUGAAAGGUUUUUCUGUAGUCUUGCAUCAUGAGCAAAGAUAGUGAAGUGGACAUGAAAGAGGUAGAGCUGAAUGAAAUGGACAUGGAGAAACAGCCAAUGAACACACAAGCAAUGGAUUAUCCUGCAGAGAAGAAUGGCUGUGUUAAGGUUAAGGUGCCUGAGGAAAUGGAGGAGAAAUUCACUGGCCUAUCCAAAGAAGAACUGCUGAAAGUGGCAGGGACACCAGGUUGGGUGCGAACACGUUGGGCAUUGCUCAUCCUGUUUUGGCUGGGCUGGCUUGGAAUGCUUGCAGGUGCCAUUGUAAUUAUUGUACAAGCGCCUCGCUGCAAGCCCAUUCCUGAGCAGAAGUGGUGGAAUAAGGGUGCCAUGUACCAAAUCAGCAGUGUUGAGAACUUCCAAGAUUCUAAUGGUGAUGGAAAAGGAGACCUCACAGGAAUUAAAAAUAAAAUUGAUCAUCUGGAAAAGUUAAAAGUUAAAGGCCUAAUACUGGGACCAAUAUAUCAAAGUACAUUUGGCUCUGACACAGACAUGCUCACCAUUGAUCAGACGCUAGGCCUUAAAGAACAUUUCACAAUUCUGUUAGAAGCGGCACAGAAGAAAGAUAUUGGAGUAGUUUUGGAUUUAACUCCAGAUGACAAGAAUAACAAUCCUUGGAAUAACAUUUCUAGCCCAGAGGUGCAAAACAAAUUGAAAGCUGCCUUUGAGCACUGGCUGACGACUGGAAUAGAUGGAAUCAUGAUAAGUCAAAUCGAAGGCAUUAAAGACAAUGCCCCUUCUCUCUUUGAUGAACUGAGGAAUCUAACAGACAAAUAUACUACUGAUACUCGGCCCAGGGUCUUGAUAGGUGUGACAUCCUCUAAAAAUAUUGCAGAAGUAGUGGAAAUUCAGAAUAUCUCUAGGACUGAUUUGCUUUUAUCUGGAAUCCUGCAAAACUCUGGAAGUCCUCCAAGUGGAUCACGGGUUGCAUUAGAUGUACAGGAGUAUAUAGAAAGACUAGGAAAUUCCUCACCUGCAUGGUCGGUGGGAAGUCGCACUAUGGGUCAUUUAUCAUCUCUAGUGGAAGACAGGCUUGUGAGGUUAUAUUCUAUGAUGCUGUUCACUCUUCCGGGGACACCAUUCAUCAACUACGGUGAUGAGAUCGGCCUUUCAGACUAUUCAGCAGAGAAUCCAAACACUAAAUUUCCUAUGAUGCUGUGGAGUGGCAGUUCAAAUAUGUCUGUCGAGAGUCAAAAACUAGAUGGAAAUUCCUUGCUGAACCUGUAUAUACAGCUGAGUGAACUAAAAGUGAAGGACCGUUCCUUAAAACAUGGGGAUUUCUUCACCAUCUUUCAUGACAAUAAUGUCUAUGCUUACUUACGAGAGUGGGACCAGAGUGAACGGUUCCUUACAGUUUUAAAUUUCGGAGAUACACAAACUCCGGUGUCACUGAAACAUGAAAAAUUACCGGCAGGAGCCGAAGUGGUCCUUAGCACUCACCCACAGCGACAAAAAGAACACGUGGACCUCACGAAACUGAUGCUUGAGCCCAGUGAAGGACUUUUAUUGAGGUUCCCCUAUGUAUCCUAAAUACCAGCUCUAGACACUUUAGGGGUUCUUUCAGGCUUUUUAGGCAGCACCACCUACUGCAAGGCAUUACAUAGCCACACUGAGGAAGUUGACAUGCAACUUGUGUGAAAGUUGCUACAGGUGGCUUCAAUCCAGGGGGGGAGAAUAAAAGUUGUACUUACAGUUUUGGUUUGGUUAAAAGGUAUACGUUUGGAAAGGACUAACAUUAAGUUUAGCGUUUUAAUGUCCUUUUUCAGCAGAUUAUUUGAUGCUGCUUAAAUGGUUUUGAAAACUUUUAACAAUUGACAUUCCCAGCUAAAUUACUGUAGAAAUUUUUCAAGUUUUUGUACUAAGACAAAUGCAUAAAAUAUGGUUGAUAAAGGUAGCAUUUCCCCUCAAGUUUGUUUUUUUGAAUGGCAUAAAGAAAAGGGGGAAAAUAAAGUUUUAGAAAUU